AGGCGGCCAUGCAUCAGGCGCGCGUCGCGUCAGGCUACCGGCACCAUAUACUUGCACCACCUCCUUCGCCCUCUCAUCGUGACCUCAGCCGGCCGCGUAUCACUUGCUAGAUCACAGCUCAGGCAGAGUGCGCGAUAGCAGACGUCACUCCUUUUGGGCACAUUCACACCGCACAUUCGGUCUGUAGCUGCGUCGUCGUCUGCUGAGAUCAGCCUCCUUCCGAUAGGUCCUCGUCUGCUGCGCCUCUACGCAACCGACCUCGCCCUGCAUCCACUCCUCGCGCGUAGAUCGCGUCGCUUUCAGACGGUCCCUCUCCGUGCGCAUGGCAACCUCUCGUUCCGGCAAGCAUUCGGCAACGAUCAGCGCUGGUCACUGCACUCUGCACGAAGCCCGCUUGACGCAUCCUCCUUUGCCCUUCCGGAUAUCUUCCACCGUGCGCCAUUUCGUCGUAGAGUUCCGAAUGGCAUGUUUGGCGGCGGGCAAAAUGCUUUCGCGGGUGCUCUAGGGAUGGGAUCUGGCGAUGCAAUGCAGCAAUUUGGGAAUGGGAGCGUCAGCGGUGGGAAUGGCGCCGAUGCUCACACCCAGGGAAGCGCUCCGGAAUUCGGUCAGAUGGGUUUUGGCGCAGGCGCAGGAAUGGGCAUGGGAGCAAACAUGGGCGGUAUGAAUGCUCCACAGCAAUCCUUCAACUUUGACCUUGCCACCAACUCUGGCGGACUCAACCCCGCGAUGCUUGCAAUGCUGCAACAAGCGCAAUCCUCUUCGAGCAAUGUGGGCAACGUGCAGCAGAACGGAAUGCCGUGGGCCAACAUUCAGGGUAUGGGUUUGGGGGCUUUUCCAAGCGGCAACGAUCAACAGCUGGGUGGUCACCAGCAGCAGCAGCGACAGUCACAACAGAAUCAUCAGCAAGCACCACAGGCAGCCAAUGGCCAACUUGGCCAGCAGAACAAUCCCUUCGCUACGCAGGCGCCGCAGACUCCCAAUCAGUCAGGCCAGAUUCAGGGCGGUCCGAACAUGAAUUUCAACUUUGGCCAACAGCCCAACGGUCCUUUCAAGUUCGGAGGGGCUCAGAUGUCUCUGCAAGGCCCUGGACAGUCAGCACAGAGUCAACAGCAUGUGCAGUCGCCUGUAUCGAUGCUCGGCUUCCCUGGCGACAACACCGGCGGCAUGUUUCCUCCUCAAUUUAUGAAUGGCAUGAUGAGCAGCAUGGGACCGGGCUCGGGAGCACUUCAAAGCCAAGCUGGGUUCCCCAGCCCCGGCAAUGGCAUGAUCCCGUCCCAAAUGCACCAGCAGGCUGGCAACAUGCCGCGCUUUGGCCCUAACAACGGCGCACCGAAUGGUCUCCCUGCUCAUCUCAACAAUGCGAUGUCCUCGCCGAGCAGCUCCACAGCCGAAGGAGGCGCCGACGGCAAGGGCAAACGUGGCGGUGCUGCGAGCUCGAAGAAGAAGAAGGCCGGCGCCAAAGGUCCUCAGUCUGCGGCUGGAUCUCCUCCGCCGGGCGGAAUGGCGCCCGCUGGAGGUGUGCAAGCGUUGAACAGCGAGCGGUCACGCAGCCACACUCGAAGUCCUUCCAUAUCGGGUGCCUCAGUCAGCAGUAUGCACCAUCCACAAGGGCCGCUGAACGCUGCAAGGCCGCCCGGCACUCCUAUUCAAGGUCAACAUGGCCAAAGUGGUUUGCAAGCGCCUCCGACGCCCUUCUCACAGCUGUCAGUGCCAAGUCAGACGACGGAAUCGCAUCUGGGCACAGGCGUCAAUGGCCCUCGUAUGUUACCUUCAACCGCUUUGAACUGCCCUCCCGGAUGGCAGCCCUCAUUGGGUCCCCAGCAGCAGCAGCAAAUAUUAACGCAGGCCAUGCACACCUCGAAACAGCGAUCAGCGCAAGGCCAGGAAUUGCCCGCUGGCACCGUACUUCAGCAGCUGGGCUUCAUAUUCGUUCGGGCGCAUCAGCUUCCUGCUCAUGUGCAGCUAUCCGCUUUCAAUGGUGGAGGUGCAGUGCUCAGCCUCACAGAGGCUCAGACGAUCGGAUUGCUCCCGCCUCCGAAUCAGGCUGCACACAGCUCGACUGAAGGCGGCGCUGGGCCCUUGGGAUCUGGCGGCACAGGCGCACCUCCGCGGACGCCGCAGCAGCAACAUGCUAUGCCUCCUCCGCAACAUUCAAUGCGUCCCUCGCCCUCGGGAGCUCCUGGUAUGAAUCAGAUGUCCUCAUCGCCCUUCGCGACGCCACACAGCCCCUUUGCCAUUGCGAGUCCUGCCAUGAGCGCUGCAGUACCCCCAAGAGCCAGACAAGCGUCGCAAUUUGGCCAGCGGCGCCCUGCAUCCCGCGAUGGUGCCGCAGAUUCAAAUGCACGAAACGCACAGAUGGCGUUAAGCGCAGGUUCUGGCGGGCACGCACGAAGAUCGAGCACCGCCACCAACGGUGAUGAUCUUGGACUGAACGAUUUGAAUGGGGCAGGGCCUUCUCGCGGCUCCGCACCUAGCGUGCCUCGGCCGUCCGUGCAACCCGCACCGCCUACGGACCUCAAAGCUGGGCUUGCACCGCAGCGGCCAAAGUCGCCUCCUCGGGGCCCACCUCUGCCACCGAUUCACGGUGGCGCCUUGCCAAAGACGACAAAGGGCGGACAUGAAGUCGUUGAAUACAACACUCGUCUAACGCCUCUGCCUCCGCUUCCAGAAAAGCCGUCAGCAGAGGAAGCAAAGGCUUUGACAGACGUGUGGAAGCCGUUGACCGAAGAGGAGGAAAGGGAUUUGUUGGGAGUGAUGAAGCGCGAUCACGAGUAUACCAAGGACAUCCAUCAGCUUGGGCGUCGACAAGCCACCACGUUGCACACAAGAGCUAGUCAAUUGCGGGCAACAGCGGCGAACUUGCAUUGGUGGGAACGCAUGGACGGAGAUGUCAUCAAGCACAAGGACUUUGAGAGCUUCCACAUGAUCUUUCCGCACGAAAAAAGGAAAGCCAGAGCCCGACGAGGGAGACAGAUCGGCGGGCCCUUGGCGUCCGGCCUAACUUCUGCGGAAGAUAGGCGGCACUCGCAGCUUGCCGCUGCCAAGCUGGAAGACCUUGUGCCAAUCCGCUUGGAGAUCGAUCACGAGGCGUGGCGCCUGCGCGAUACUUUCACCUGGAAUGCGAGCGAUGCUCACGUUGGGCUAGAUCACUUUGCGCACACUCUUUGCGAUGAUUUUGGCCUGCCGCACCAGGUAUUUGUGCCCUCUAUCAAGUCGGCGAUACAGGCGCAAGUGCAAGAGCAUGUCGCAGCCCAAGCGUUCCUUCCCAAGCGACUUGAAGCGUCUUCUGAAGUUGCUAAUGUCGGCAAGAUUGCAACGUCGGUGGAUGACAAGUGGUGGAAGUCUUGGCGACGUGAGGUGGAUCAGCGGGCGUCUGGUCGGGCGGUCAAGCGACGGAGGCGUUCUGCCACCGGACAUGAACUCGAUUCUGCGUCACAAACUCGACCUCAUCCUGAUCUUCGGAUAGAAAUCAAGCUCGACAUCACAGUAGGAGCAAUGAACCUUGUGGAUCGCUUCGAGUGGGACAUAGAAGACGAUGGGACAUCUCCGGAGGCCUUUGCGGAAACAUUUGCUGCUGACCUCGGACUAGCAGGAGAAUUCAAGACGGCCGUGGCGCACUCCAUACGCGAGCAGGUGGAUGUGCACCGGCGAUCUCUUGCCCUUGUCGGCCACGUCUUUGACGGCAGCGAAGUGCAAGAUGAAGAUUUGCGUGCUGCUUUCCUGCCGCCAUUGACCCUUUCUGCUCGUGGAGAGCAAGAUGCAGAAGGGUUCACGCCUCGUCUCAACCAGCUGAGCGAGGCCGACAUAGAUGCACUGGAGCGGGAGAGAGAACGCGAAGCUCGAAGAAAGAGGCGCCAGACUCGAGGCCGACGAGGCGUCAAUUUGCCAGAUCGCGAGCCACAAAAGACGCAGAGGACGCCAGCCGUGGGGGGAUUGCAAGCAGUUCAAGUGGCCGCUUUCGAAGCCGCACACGGCGGCGCUUUCGGCACCUCCUCAGAAUUCGGGGCCAGCGGCCGCGGUGAGCGUGGUGGUGGCAUGUCUACAAGGCGGGCAGCGGCACAAGCCAACGCGUCGAUCACAGGCGUUCAUGACGGUCAUGAUUUCUCCACGCCAGCGCCAGAGACCGCCCCCGAUACCACGGCGAAGAGCGUUCGGCUCGAGAGUCACGCUAUUCAUUUUGCGUACCCCGGAGGCCUCGGAGGCCCUCCAGAUUCCGACGGUCCUCGAUUUGCUCCAUCAACCGGGUACGAGACUCGGGCACGCAAGGCAAAAUCGCCAGUGGUCAUCAAUGCCCCCACGCAGCCGCCGGAGCCGCCACCUCUUUCUGCAAAGGCAGCCGCUGCUGCAGCGUUGGCGGCCAAAGACCUUGCUGCACAGCACCCAAACAUUCACGACGGACAGUGGUUCUGCUCCAACUGUGGCGUCGCUGGAAGCGUAGACACUGGUCGGCGCAAAGGACCCCUCGGAGAGAAGUCGCUGUGUGGUGUCUGCGGCAAAUACUAUCACAGGCAUCGGAGAGUUCCGACGAUGCACUAUACACGAGACGAGGCGUAUCACCGCGGCAAUCAGCACAACAGACGCAAUGUGCGCCACCUCCAAAUCGAUGCUGGAGACGAAGGACCUUCGACGCAACCCACAUCAUCAGCAGGCACACCCGCUGGCACGACACUGGAGGGCGUGGCCGAGCGAGAAGGCGAGAAUGACCAUACGCAGAGCAAUGGGAUUGCGAAAUCAAGCACAAAUGCCGGCGACCUCUCGCAAGACGACGACGAUGACGAUGAAGAGGGGUCUGAUGUGCGUCGCGCUGCCAAUGGUAGACACACAGCUCAGCAUUCGACCCGCGGAAACUCGCCCGACCUGCCGUUCCUGGUGCAGGUCGGAUCGCCGGACGAAGACUCCGACUCGAGCUCAGACGAGAAGCCCGGUGGCCAAGACGGCGUUUCGAAGCGAGACGGCAGCGCGGCACCAAGGCCUCAGGCAGGAGUAAUUCGCAACGUCUCGCCACUGCGCCAGGAAGUGCUGGGAGGUUCGACUGCGAGCCCCAAGUCUGCCGCGCUUGCGACAAGUCCUCUACCUCCUGCGCUGAAACCGCCCGAGUGGCUUACCGAUGCAGCCGUGGCUUUACGCGCUCAGUAUGCUCAGGAUCGCUUUGAAAUUGUGCCCAAGCCGCGCAAAGCAGACGAGCCUGCGCCGAUCAUUCAGGAAUGGCGUGUCAGGUGCAAUGACUGUCCCGGAAAGCUGUACACUGCCGGUCCCGAUCAAACGUUGCAGAACUUUUCCAUUCAUCUCAGAAAUCGUCAGCACCGGAAUAACGUCGCCUCACGGAGAACUGGAUAGAGCACGAAGCCUCCGUUUGCCAACGCGUGCGACGAUGUUGUCGCGAUGUUCAACCUUUGACUUUCGCACCUAAUUUCCUAUCCCCUCCGUUGCAUGUAGCAAAUCGCGUCUAUCCUGAAUGGUCCGUUCUACCUCUUCUCCAUCGGGACGUUCGCUCCCACCUCAAUGCCACAUUGUUCGGAU